AUGGCUCGACCACUCUUGGUGUCUUUAUCACAGUCGAUUAUCAAUAACAUAAGAAUCUCACGGUCUUCAUUUUCAUUAGAUUUUCGUCGAUACAAUUCUUCGAGUAUCGCAUCGAAUUUUGAUCCUAGUAGAAAAGAUGAUGUUAAAACACGGUUAUUGACGUUAUUAACCAAAUUACGAGAUAAUGAUAUUCCUAAGUUGGAUGGACACAUUACAUGCGUUUUAAAUGUUACUGAAGAGUGUAUUGAAGCUACCAAAUUCAAUAAAACCCUGAAAAACGUACAAACACUGUUACCAAAUGAUAUUAAUAAAUUGAAAAAUGACUUAACUGAAUUCAUUUUUUCAUUGCAAUCCAUUCCCACAGAGAGCUUUGAAACUGAUAAAGUUGAUACUUUCUUACUUUUCAAUGAAGAAAUCAACCGACAACAUAUAGAUAAAGAAGCUGUGAAUAAUAUUUUUCAAGAUUUAACUAACGUUAUUGAUGAUCUUUGGAUAACAAAACGUUCAAAACUGAAACUUCGUGCGGCUAUUCAAGAUUUAAAAUCACUACUUUCACAUUUACAAGAUGAAAAUAUUGAUUUGAAACUAUCUGUUUCACGUCUACAAGAUGAAAAUAUUGAUUUGAAACUAUCUGUUUCACGUCUACAAGAUGAAAAUACAUUAUACAAAUAUCACUCAUGUCUUAGUGAAUUAAUGCGACAGACCGUGCGGUCGAUCAAGAAAGAGUUUAGAAGAAAACUGAAAAUGGAAUAUAUAUCAGAAAAUUUCGAUAAAGCUACAUUUGAUAGUUUACUCGAUGAUUCUCAACACGAAGAAAUUAAAGAUAGUCUGAACUUGGAUGAUAAACAAAUACAUUUAAUGUUAACAAUAUUUGACACCAUAUGUUCCAAAUACGGUUUUCCGAAUAAACAUAUUUUGGUACAUUAUUUAUUGGUCGCGUCGAUACGCAAUGAACGAGAACAUGAUAUGAUGGAUUCAUAUGUUAAACUGACUUCAGAUGAUCGACGUUCAUUUCAAAUGUACUGUGAAAAAAAUAAUCUCGCUCAACAUUACGAGCAGAAACAUUACAACUUACUAGAAGGUUUAUUCAAAUUAUAUGCAACAGAAUUGAUUCGGAAAUUAAAGAAACAAGAAAAUUUAACCGAAACAAUAACUCAAUCGUAA